GAUCUGGGAGAGGUGAAAGUGGGUUUUACGAGUUUGGAGACUUCCAAUCCCAGCUUUAUCAACCACAAUCUAAAGCAUUGCCGCCUGCCGCUUUAAACACUGUCAACGACACUCCUGGGACAUUAGGAGCAAGCCAAUUGCACUUAAAAAAAAAUUGGAUACCUGGAUACACUCCACCUUCCGAACUGCUUACAGGAAAGUAUCUAGUCGGGGGACAAGUGCAAUCUAUACUCCUUCCAAUGCCCGGCCAUCUGAAUGUGUGCCAGUAUGCACAUGCCAACGAUACUACCUCCUGCUACAAUCGUAACCGAUACAUGCCGUAUAACCCCAAUCGAGCUUUCGUGGCUGCAGCUAUUUCCGGCCAAUCUCAGCUCCGAAGCCAUCCAAGGCCCAAGCAACAGCCGGUUGCAGCGUUACCCUCUCAAACAUAUCAAACGAACGUUCCGAUUUAUCAGAGCAAUAGCAAGAGUGCCCUAACACAGACUUUGUCCACCGCUCCAAUAGCAGCCAGCGGCCCCGCGAAAAGAUCUCUUAGUAUCGUCAGCAAUAACCGUUUAGUGGCAGAUAUUUCCCUUACCAACGGCAACUCCACGGUUGCACCUAAAGCGGAAAAGUAUUUCGCCGGGGCCAUAACAAAUGCGUCAGUCACUGAAAUGGUAAUUGGCGAUGGAGGGCCAAAUUGUGAAGCGGUUGCCAAGGUGAUGGAGCCCAGCGACACAGUAACUUUACAGAUCACCAAUCUGGACUACUCGCUGGACGAGUCAAGACUCCACAGCUUUCUAAUGAAUCAACUCAAACCCAUUACCCCGGUUGUGUCGCUAGUCUUCGAGGGAAGUUCCUAUGCCAAAGUUACUGUACCGGAUCUUUAUUUUGCCAAGCAGGUCGUCUCUAACUUGCAUCGCAAAAAGAUUGGACACAAGCGCAUGUUAGUCAGUUACACUCGCGAUUCCUCCUUGACUGAGAUCAAGACGCUUCGUUGCCAGGUCGCGGGGCUCCUAAAGGAUGUCCCCUACUAUGCACUCCCCAUGUAUAAGUUCAGAGAGCUCUUUCAGUCCCGCUUUAAAACCUCAAUCAGUGUUCUGGACUUGUAUAAAAUGCAGGACAUAUGUACCAUCAAUUCAGACAUCAACGAGGAUAAGUUCAUCAGUUUAAAGCCGGAACUAGUGAACACCCUCGAGAGCUCACCGUUAAUGGAAGGUCUUCAACACAGCGUUCCCUACUGUAGUAUUCAUCUUAAGAGAGAGCAACACAAGGGAUGGGCUGAGCAGGAAAUCGAACCGUUGCCAAAUGUCCACAUGACCAUUUCGGAGAUUCAGAAACUGAUAUACCCGCUGCUGAGGGUGCAUCCGGGAGACAUUCCAGUGGCUACCCUACUUCACUGCAUUAAAGGGCAACUUAAAGCUUCAAUAGUGCCGAAUGAAAGCGGUGUCAACUUGGAGCAUUUGGUUUGCUGUGUCCAAGGAAUUCAGAUUCAGAUGAAUAACUUUGGUAUUAAAAUUCUAGGCUGGUUGGAGCUAAGCAAGGAUAUGCCCUUGCAAGCUACUGGCAGCUCAAAUGCAAAUAGCCUAAACGUCAGUGACCGUGCUAAUUGUUCGGGAGGGAGCUACUUCAAAAAUUCUGUUGCCGAUCCGCUCUUUCAAAUCUCCCGCGAGGUAAUCGAGUUAGUUAAGAUGUCGCCAAAAUCUACUAUGAAGUUUAAUCGCUUUAUUCCGGCCUAUCACAAUCACUUUGGAAAACAAUGUAGAGUGGCAGACUAUGGAUAUACAAAGCUAAUCGAACUCUUUGAGGCAUUGUCUUCUGUGGUGCAGAUCAUGGGAGACGGCGAAAAUCGACAGAUCACGCUGACGCAUCGCACUCAAAUACGUAGGUUCACCUCAGACCUAUUGCGUGUUCUUCGCGCUUUCGGUAACAAUUCUGUGCUGCUUUCUCAGUUGCCGGGAAUUUUUUCCCAAGCCCUAAAUCGGAGUUUCGACGUCACGGAUUAUGGAGUGUGCGACAUUGCAGACAUACUAGAUGGCUUGGUGAACUCGAACAUCGUCGUUCUAAGCAAUGUACAGCACGGAAAAGAUAUUCUUAUAUCAAUGCCAAAACGCAAACAGACUAGCAGUGAGUUGGAGAAAACAAGUGUGUUCGCCGGUGAAAUGGUGGAGCUCUUAAAGAAUUCCCUUCAGUACUCUGUUCAGUUUCAAAAGUUUGUAAGAUCCUACCAUUAUCACUUCGCCUACCAAUGUCGUCUCAGUGACUACGGCUUCCUUAAGUUGGCAGACCUUAUGGAUGCUAUUCACGGCUUAGUCGAGAUGGAGUUGACCAAUGAUGAAGACAAGAAAAUAAUACUCUCACCAAAAGUGGCUAGACGUGUGUUUGGUGAGCAAUGUGAGGAUCUUAUACGUAGCGUUACUGGCAGUGCAACACACUGUAUGAAGCUAGAUCAGGUGUUAAAGCUUCACAAAAAGAAAUAUGGCUACCAGAUUCAACCUAAGACUCUGGGAGUCUCGGAUAUGGUUACGGCAGUUAAGCUGUUGCCCUACGUUGAGUUAAAGCAGAAAGAUCAGACAAUUUGGCUUAUCUGUCAUAAUAAUGACGUACAGUUUCGCCUUCUUUGCUAUAGAGCAUGUAAGCAUCUCGUUCAGCGGGACCUUUCGGCAUCGGUUUUGUCACCAGCAACAAAUUAUGCCAAUUUAGGAGCUCAAUCUUCAAUAUUACCAAGAGCUUCUCAGAAGACUCAAUUUGUAAGCGAAUUCAAUGCUAAGCACAAAAUCCAGAUCACCGAGCAGGCUCUUUCAGCCAUGCGACAUGCAAUUGAGAUUUAUAAUAGCGACGGCAUACAGUAUGUUCGCCUAACCGGAUUCAUGAAACUGUUAAUUGCCAUUGUGCGUAUACUAGAACAGCGGCCAAGCAUGUAUCUAUGCGACAUCAAAAACGCUUUGGACAGUGACUUUGCUUCUAUUUUUGAGUUUGGAUUCCCCAAUCUCUAUUCAGUGAUUGCAGCACAUGAAGACCUCUUUACGGUGAACAAUGGACCAACCCAGGAACGGAGCGAUGUUUCUCUGAAUCCUAACUGCGAGUUGCGUCAUAUUUCAUUAAUAAAUCAACACUUGGGUGGCCUCGCAAAGAUGUCCAAUGUAAAGCAUAUAGCACAAGUCAGCUUCCGUACUCCCAUAGACGAGCAUGUCAACCUCCUACCAACUCAGUCCCCACAAAGUAGCCUAUCAAUGGCCAACGAUUGUGCGAAGACCGUUGUCAAUACGUGCAACUUUAAGUUUAAUAACUUUCAAUCUUAUGACGAUCUCUUUGCGACGGAUAAUUACAUCAUUUCACCGCUGGCCAAUUCUUUUAUUGACUCAUCAUUGCUCAAUAGUUUCGGGUCAGCUCUUGAAAGUGGUAGUUUGUGUAAAAGUUUCUGCAACAAAGAGAACUCGAUGAACUCAUCGAGUCAAUUAUUAAACAGUUCAUUAAACUCGUCUAACGAGCUAAAUGCGAGUCUCGGAGCUGGAGAUUUAGCUAAUAUAACCUCCAGCACAGCCAUCUCAUCGGAUACUUUAUAUGAUCACUCAUCGUUCAAACUUUGUCAUAGACGUAAUGCAUGCUUUAAUAAGCUUUGUAAAAACAUGCCGAUUCAUUUGGAUAGUGACACUGAUGAAACCAGCAAUUUGGUCAGCGGACCGUCAAUAGGAUCUAUUUAUGAGCCUCUGAAAAAUGAAACGCCAACAACAAAGCAACAGAAACUAUCUUUUUGGAAUGAUCCCAUUUGGAGCGCACGAUCGGAUCAGCCGAGGCACAAUAUUCUCAACAUACGACUACCUGAGCUUAAAACAAAUAAUAUGUUCCCUAUAUUGCUUUCACCCUAUACCAUUUCAAAAAACGAGAACUUAAAAAGGCAGCUGUUUAAUUUUGAAAAUCAUGUUCGUAAAAUUGCCUAAUGCAGUAUGUUCUUUCUUUAUUUGUAUUGAUUUUGGCUAAUGUUAAUUCCAUACACUACCGUAUUCGAAUAGCAAACUGAAAAUAAGAGAGCGCCUUGGAAUAAUUUUCUAGAUGAUUACAUUUGUUAAAUUAUACAUUUUAUAUA